AUGCCCCCAAAACGAACCACGAACGCUCUUCGAAAACCACCUCCGCCUCCACCGACACCUCCGACAGCAACCGCAGCCCCAUCUUCAUCAAAACGGGCCAGUUCAAGGCCCUACCCAAAGCCAAAGCCAACAACUCCUAUACCAAAAUCGACACCAGCCGGACAACCCCAAAUCCAACCACAACCCAACCCAACAUCAACGACAACACAACUGAACGCCAUCACACCAACCACGACACCAACAGCCCUCCUCUGGGCCUACGAGCUUCGCCGCGAAAACGUCGAACUCUCCACCCGUCUCGCAGCCACAGAAAGUAAACUCGAUGCGCUGAGUGGUCAGCUCGGUGAGGUGCGGGAGAUGGUGUGUCGGGUGGGGGAGGAGAGUCGGAAGGAAAUUGGGGAGGUUCGGGAGAGGGUGGAAUUGGUCAGGGAGAUGGGGAACGAGGCCCAGGUUUUGCGGGAGAAAGAUGGUCAUGAGGUGGUGAUGGGGUUGAUUGAGGAGUUGAAAGGUAGGGUUGAUGGCUUGGAGGGUGGUUUGAAGGGAUUAGUGCAGGAGAAUGUAGCGAGUGAGAGGCGAGGGGGGGAGCAGGAGGUUGAGGAAGAAGUGCUUGUGCCGGAUUCUGUGCCGGGGGGCUUGGGGGGUUUGAGUAUAGGGUAUGGGGGUGGGUUGUCUUCGACAGAUUCUGGGGAUAGUACUUGUACGUGGGAGACGGGGCGUUGGGGUCUUGGUGGUGGAGAAGGAAAGAAAGAUGAGGGCUGCAGUGAUGAUUGUGGUGCGGUGCUACCGGUGAUGGGGGGUAGUCACGGGGCAAGCAAGAAUCGGGAGAUUAGGCAGGACGAUGCAGAUUGUGCUGCUGAGCGGAGCUCUGCAGGGAGAAGCAUGGCAGGCCUGGUGCUUGGAAAGAGGGCUCAUGCCGUUGAUGGUACCACCCUCGACAUGUGCCGAAGAAAACGACACAGGCGAUUCAUACCUAUCGUCCCUGCUGAUGAGGAGGAUAUCCUCAUUGCGAAGGCGAUGUUAAUAGACCACCAAAUUUGUUAG